AUGAGAAUUAUUCGCAAUCCAGUACAAAACACUCGAGCAAGUGUUGCAGAUGUUGUUAGCACCAAGUUGAACAGGAUUUCUGACGAUUUUUCUUUAACCCCAAAGUUUGUUUCGGAUAAAAGUCUUGUUGAUCAAUUGAUCAAUGAUCAAUAUGUAGCAUGCUGUUCUACUGUAAAAGAGUGGAUUCGUACUGAUCAGGAGAAAGCCAUAGAAAAUCCACAAAUCGAUCAUAAUGAAGAAAUUGAUGUAAAAUUAUUACAACUAUUAGAUAUGAAUAUUUGUUAUGAAAUUAUUGAAUUCAUUCCAACUUUUUCCAAAUAUAAAUCGAUCAGAAAAGAUGAGGAUCGUUUAGCAUCCAUUAAAUUUCCACAUCCUAUCGAAAGAACAAAUUCAUUUAGAAUAGAUUCAAGUUUUGUUACUUUCCACAAGAUGAGAAUUAUCUCAAAGCAUUUCAACGGUAGAAUGAUGAAGAAACUUUUGACUAUCGAAAGUCUAUUGAUUUCAGAUACAACAGAUCUCAAAUAUAUCUACACCUUACUAAGAGAGCAAACCAAAUAUUCCUUAUCUGGCAAAAGUUCUGAUUCAUUAUAUUUAUAUCAAGAUGUGAAAUAUGUUGCAAGUGAAUCUUCAAACACAGAUGAAUUUACAUUUGAAAAUAACUUUUCAAAGAUAGAUACCUCGAAUGUGAAACCUUCACUUAAUGAAACUAGUGGAGCAACCUCGCCACAGGCUAGACCAGUUAGAGUUAGAAGGAGUAGUAUUGGUAGAGACGAUACCUCCUCAGGUGGUUUUAGUUUUGGUGGGAGUAGUAUUACCUCUUCAGGUGGUUUUAGUUUUGGUACAAGUUCAGGUAGUGGAGCUCAAACAUCAUCAACAGAAGAGCAAGAUUUUUCCAUUGAGAAUGCCACCUUUUCUGGUAGCAAUUCUAGCACACCUUAUUCCACAAAUAAUAUUUGGUUGGCUGCUUGUAAGUCCAAAACAAUGAGACGUUUUAGUAUGGAACGUACAACAUUUAGUAAUGAAUUUUUGUCAGCCUUUGUGGGAGAAAAUUCAACUAUCAAGAAGAUUGUGUUUUGCCCUGAAAUUAUAUACCAAAUAGUCAAAGUUUGUAAGCAAUUGAAAACAGUGAUUUUAUGCCAUGGUGAACAGCAGAACAUCUAUCCCUCAUCUACAAAUGCAAAGAAUAGAGCCAAAUUGAGCAUAGAACACUUGAUUGUUUUUGGUGAUAGUAGCAUUAACAGAAUCUUAGAAUCUUUUAGUGUAAAUAAGUUUGAUAUUUAUAAUGCACCAAAUAGAAAACCAGUUAUUGAUUCAAGUUAUGAGCUCAAUAUUUACACUGAUUUCUCACAAGCUCGCAAAAUGAUUGAUGAGCAUUUAACAUGUUUUGGAAUGUUGUUAUGGGAAACUGCAAAUGUUGCUUCUUUACCAAAUUUUGAAAAGAGUUGGAGAAAAGAUUUCUUUGAUUAUCUCUUCGUCAAAUGUAAUUUUCCUAUUGAGAUAUUAGAAUAUCCAAAUUUUGAUUCAACAAGCUUUCAAUAUUUAGUUUACCUUUCAAACAAGUAUCAAAAAGGAAGAUUAUUCAGAAUAUCCGUUCCAUGCAAAUUUCUUGUAGAUGAUGCAAUUUCAUAUGGCUGGGAUUUUACUAAUCAAUUGAAAGAAAUUCCAUUCUUUUCCAAUGUUUCAGUAGAAGUAUUCACAAGAAUUUCUCAUUCUCUAUCAAAUGAUGACUUUUAUUCAUUCUUACUCAAUGAAUCGUUAAACAACACUUCUCAUGAAUUGAUGACGAGCAAGGUUAUUGAAAUGCUUGUGGAAAAUCCUAAACAACUUUAUCAAAUACUUUCUCAGCAAUAUCCCUUUACAAUACAAAGAUCAAACAGCACUUUUGAAACAUCCCUACCACUGUUUAUACAAGUAUUGAAAGUGGUACCCUCUCUAUUGAAUGUAUUUUUAUUGCAAAUGGAAAUGGAAGAUUAUUCAUUAUUUGAAACUCAACACUUUGAAGGAAACACAAUUUUCCACAUUAUUGCCAUGUUUUGUAGCAAUUCAGAAUCAGUACCAUUAUUUCUCUCUGUUCUUUCUAGAAUUCCUGAAGUGAUCAACAAGAAGAAUGAUAAUGGAGAUUCUCCAUUCGAAAUUUUACUUUCAGUUUUGCAAUCCAACAAUAUUCCAACAAUUUUAUUAUUUAUCAAGAAGUUUAAAUUGACAGUAAGAGAGGAAUUAACAUCCAAAAAACCAGUACCUGAAUCCCGCUGGAAAAGAAAAUAA